AUGGCCUCCGAGUCGAUCGUGUCGCAGGUCCAGCGCAAGAUUGAAUUGCAAAGCCCGGACGACCUGACCUACCUCAUUACGAACGUGAGAAACGCCGCCGCAGCGCGGUUAAACGAGGCUUUCCCGCAUCUCGAGGGCGACGAUGGAGAGGACGACCUGAGAAACCAGAUCGAAGCACUCGUCAAUGAGUACAUAAACAAGACAUUCAAGCUAGCCGCGCCGAACCUGACCAUCAACGGCCUCCCCGUCGCCCCGAAUGACUUCCUCGCCGACGGCGGCCCCGUCACGCCGGAUACCGCGUACGAGCCCUUUGACGCGCGGAAACGACAGCGCGUGGCCGACCUCAUCACCCAGGAGGAGAAGCUCCUCGAGGACGUCGCCUCGCUCAAACGCGCUGUGCCAGCCAAGGCGGCCGCCGAGCACGUGGAUCGUCUGCGCGAGGGGGUGAAGCGCGAUGAGGAAUUGGCGGCGGCAAGGAUCGCCCUGGGGUCUAUGGAGGAGGAGGCAUCUCUCCAAGGCGUGGGUCGAUUGGAAAGGCAGCAGCGCGUCGAGUCGAGCUUUAAUGGUGCGGUGGAGACGCUCGAGAGGCUGAAGACGGACAUGUCGACGGUGGUAGCGAAGAUGGAGAGGGCCAGGGUGGCGGGAGAAUAUGUGGUCAACGACAAGCGAUGA